CGACGCCGGGCUCCGAAUGGCCGCUUGGCGGGCCGACGCGCUCGAAUGUCGCGACGGGUGCCCGACUAAGGCCAAAAGUAAGCCUAAUCAAUGUGGCCGGGGCUGGCCGCCGCCAUGCCCCACGAAAUCGGACAAAGGACCCGAGAGAGGAAGGCCCCUUGGCGCCAUGCACUUCCGGGACGGCAAACGCACGCCGAAAUGUAGGUCAGCCAUCGGGGUUCGAACCCAAAGCCGCGGCGAGGCUCCCACGCGCGUGGACCCAACACAAGAGUCACGCGGCACGAGAGCAGCGUCGAGCACGCUCGCAGCGCGAGCGAGCAAUCGCGGCGACGGCGACGCCGCGUGCUUUGUUCCUGCCACCGUGGCCUGUGCACACACGCGAUCCCGCGCCACCCGCACGCUGCAACCCGACAAUCGCACAUCGCAUGCUCGGCCUUGACGAAAGUCCGGAUAUUACCUGGAGAGCAAGUUCAUCUCGGGGAGCGGUCAACAAGUAAUGUCGGACUAAGCCUUUCAGCCCAAUUACCACCGCAACAAACGCACACAUGGAAGCAUCGCAUGCCCAAGAAAGGACGAUUUGGACAGCGGAGCCCGGCGCCACAGCAGCUGACAUGUCGGACAUCAAGGCCCUGGAGCACCCGACGCUCAAGGUGCCAUACGAAAUCCUGAACAAGAAGUUCCGUGCGGCGCAGAAGAGCAUGGACCGGGAAGUGUCUCACGUGCAGAGUGCGGCGGCGGAGCUGGAGAAGACGUUGCGCGAGCAGGCGCACGCGGGCCCGCUGCGGACUCAGCUGGGAGGCCUGCUGGACAAACUCGAGGUGUUGAGGCGCAAGAGCGCCGAGAGCAUCAGCGAGGAGCUGGAGGCGGCGUCGGCCUGCAAGCGUCGCGUCGAACACCUCAAGGGCUUCGAGACUGGCGGCGAGCAGUGGAAGCGGCAACGGCUCGACCGAAUGCUGGUGGAACACCUUCUGCGGACGGGCUACUAUGGCACGGCGGCCAAGCUGGCCGAGCGCAGCGGCCUCCGUGACCUCACCAACAUGGAUCUGUUCCUGGUGUCCAAGGAGGUGGAGGACUCGCUGGCCAGCCGCGACACGAGCAAGUGCCUCGCCUGGUGCCACGACAACAAGUCCAAGCUGCGCAAGUUGCGCAGCACGCUGGAGUUUCAGCUGCGCCAGCAAGAGUUCGUCGAGCUGGUGCGCCGCGACCGGCGGCUCGAGGCCGUGCGACAUGCGCGGCGACACUUCGGCGCCCUUGAAGAAGACGCCCAGCUGGCCGAGGUGCAGCGUGUCAUGGGCCUCCUGGCUCUGCCCGGCGCCCGGGCCCCCGAGCUGCUGGCCGACGGCCGCUGGGAGCUGCUCGCCCAGCAGUUCCGCCAGGAGCAACUGCGCCUGUACCAGCUGAGCAGCUGCUCGGUGCUGGCCGUGGCCCUGCAGGCCGGCCUUUCGGCCCUCAAGACGCCGCAGUGCUACGACGAGGCGCAGCGCAACCCGGACUGCCCGGUGUGCAGCCGGGCCCUCAACUGCCUGGCCCGGGGUCUGCCCUACGCCCACUGUUCGCAGUCGCGCCUCGUGUGCCGCAUCUCGGGCCAGCCCCUCAACGAGCACAACCAGCCCCUGGUCCUGCCCAACGGCUACGUCUACGGGGAGCAGGCACUGCGCAGCGUGGCCCGUCGGGGCCGCGUAGUCUGCCCGCGCAGCCGCGACUCCUUUGACCUAUGCGACGCCGAGAAGGUCUACGUCAUGUAGCCUGCUGGAGCAAGCCUCGUCUGCGAAACCCGCCCUGCGCAGUGUUCGUGGAAGACAGUCUUGUUUUGCUCCCAUCGAUUACCACAGGCUUCCCAAAAAAAGCAUGUUGAGGUGAUAGGAAAAAAAAAAAAAAAUAAAACUUCAACUGGUCAGCUUUCUGACACUGCAGC